UAUGAGUAAGGGUUAAGAGUAGAUAAACUUAGCAUGUAAUUCUUAUAUUAAUUUAGAAAUUCGUAAAGCUAUACCUGAAUCAUUAUUUAAAAAAAGUGAAUCUAGAUUUUUAGUAUCAGUUGCUUAAGCAAUAUCAACCACUGCUCUUUUGGCAUAUAUUGGUUAUAGAUUUAUUCCUUUAACUUGGUAUGCUCUUCCAAUAUGGAUUGUAUUUGACUUUUUACUAGGUACAGUUGCUAUGGGAAUAUGUAAAUAUAUUAAAUCUAUGAUAAAUAGGGGUUUUAGGACAUGAAUGUGGUCAUUCAGCAUUUUCAGACAAUAAAUUGUGGAAUGAUAUUUUAGGAUAUUUCUUACAUGAAAUAUUGUUGGUUCCAUAUUUUUCUUGGUAACAUUCCCAUGCAUUACAUCAUGCAAAAACAAAUCAUCUUACAGAAGGAGAAACUUUUUGUCCAGUAGUAUUAAACUCAAAAAUGGGAAAAAUUUACUAAAAAACAAAAGAUAUCAUAGGAAUUGAGUCUUUUUCAAUUGUUUAAAUAUUCAAUGUAACAGUUCUUGGAUGGCCUCUUUAUUUACUUUUAGGUGUAACUGGAGGUCCUUCAAGAGGAUUUACAAGUCAUUUUAUAGUUCCAAACAAAUUAUUUCCUUCAAGAAUGUUAUUGAAAGUAUCACUCUCAAAUAUAGGUCUUUGUUUUGUGAUAUUUGGUUUAUAUAAGUGGGCAUAAGCAACAUCAUUUGCUGAAGUAAUGGCACUUUAUAUAGGUCCAUAUUUAGUAGUCAAUAUGUGGUUGACAAUUAUUACAUUUUUAUAACAUACAGAUAUUAAUGUUCCACAUUAUGAUUCAACUUCUUGGAAUUGGUUAAAGGGUAAUAAUAAAUAUAAUAUCCAUUAGGUGCCUUGAGUACAAUAGAUAGAAAUUAUCCAGCUUGGAUUGAUUCUUUACAUUUUGAGAUUGGAACAACUCAUGUCUUACAUCAUGUAUUUAGUGAAUUACCACAUUAUAAUGCUAAUGUAUAUAUAAAAGAUAAUUCAUUUUAGGAAGCUAAUUUAUAUUUCAAAAAAGCAAUUGGAGACCUUUAUCAUAGUGAUGAGAAACCUCUAUUGACUUCCCUUUAUUAAAGUGCUAGUUUAGUUGGAGUUGAACAUAAAGGUGAUGGAGUUUGGUUCUAUUCUAAAGAGUGAUU